AUGUCGGAAUAUCUCCCAAUAGAGAUGAUGGUCCUAAUCUUCUCAAAGCUGCAACCCAAAUCUCUCCUCCAAUUAAAGUGUUUAUCAAAAUCUUGGAAUGCACUAAUUUCAAGCCCUGACUUCAUAUGGCUACAUACACAACAAUCGGUCCUCCUAAAACCCCCUACACAUUUAUUCAAAAGGUAUUUCAGCACAGGUCUCAAGAAGGAAAAAAUUCGACUCGCUGAUGUAUCAAAUUUCGACACCCCUGUAAUGCGAUUAAGGUCGCCUUUUAAUAUCGGAUUGCCAGAUUAUUUCUAUUGUAGGAUCAUUGGUAUAUGCAACGGUGUUCUCUGUAUGUUAGAUGAUUUAUUAGACCAUAGUAGUCCUGUGGUACUUUGGAAUCCUAGCAUAUCCAGAUGCCUCACCCUCCCAAUGACUCCUUUUGGCUGUGACAACUCAGGGACUUACAUGUUUGUCCUUGGGUUUGGCUUUGCUGUUAAAACAAGAGACUACAAGGUUGUGAGGAUGGCCUAUGCUCAUGGUGAUGGUCAAUACUUGUUGCCACCUAGGGUUGAGAUUUAUGCACUUAGUUCAGGAAUCUGGAAGGAUUUUGAUGGUUUUAUUCCAGAUAUUGGUAUCGUAGAGUAUUUCUGGACACAAGUUGAAAUUUGUGGGAAAGUCUACUGGACUGCAUACAAGAGAAAUGGGGAGAGAAGGGUGGAGAACUUGAUUAUGAUGUUUGAUCUCAAUGAGAAGAUUUUUCAGGAAUUAUCAUUACCAGAAAUUUUGGUUAAUGAACCCCCUACGAAUUUAAAUAUUGCACAGCUUGGGGAAUUACUUGUUGUGUAUCAGUAUGAUACACGUGUUUGGAGCAGCAGUUGCUCCAUUUGGGUAAUGAAAAGGUAUGGAGACAUAGAUUCAUGGAGCAAAGAAUAUAAUGUUGCACUGGGCUAG